AUGGGUGUUAAACAGAGUAAACGUUCGGUGGAUAUAACGGAAACUUCUACGAAAGGGGAAAUUGAAGGUUUCGGAAAUGAAGGAAAAGUUGAGAAAAUCGUGGAUGGCGUCAUGGAUAAAAUGGUUGUCAACGGUCACGUCGAUGGAGAUUUACAAAAGUUGUCUGGUGCAUAG